CGAGCAUUCGCGGGAACGACGCUGGACGGAUUAGAACAGAGAAUUCACAUGCACAACUCUUCUGCCGCAGCUGAAUCCACGUGACAUACACAUGAAUGGUUUAGAAUUAUAUCCCAAUAUCCCCGCCUGGACUGGAGAGUGAAGCGUUGGAAUAAAGAGGAUUCAGUUUGUGAUAAAUGAAUUUGGGAGACGCUGCUGUCAGACCUCCUGUAGGGAAGCGAAUGAAGGCCAGGGCCCCCCCUCCACCUCGGCCUCCUCAACCUGCCCCACGCAGGAUCUUCCGUAAUGUGCCUGAUGGGGGAGGGUCUUCAGGGGGAGACAGCAAGGAAAACAUACUUCGACCCUGUGUGGAUAUCCACAUCACUUUGCCUACAGGCUACAAGACCACCGUCAAUGUGGAUGGCAGAAAAGCUCUGAUGGAUCUGUUGGUGGACCUAUGCAGCCAGUACCAUCUGAAUCCAGCAUAUCACACCCUGGAGCUGCUGUCACCUGAUGCUCAGCAUGUUAGCUUCAAGCCCAAUGCCCUGCUGGGUGCCCUGGACAUCUCCUGCGCCCUGAUCAAAGAACGAGUGUUGGAGGACAAGGUGGUCCAGAAGCCUCCACCUAAAGUGCCAGAGAAAACUGUGCGUUUGGUGGUGAACUAUCAUCGCUGUCAGAAGGCUGUGGUUCGAGUAAAUCCAUUGGCCCCCCUGAGUACCCUUGUGCCUGUGAUCUGUCAGAAGUGCGAGUUUGACCCGGCCCAUGUUCUGCUGUUAAGAGACAAUAUCAGCCACCACAAGCUGGACCUGGAUAAGUCCCUGAGCGAGCUCGGUAUCAGGGAACUCUAUGUCUUGGAUCAGACUUUAGUUCUGCAGCCUAAAAUGGCUUCGACACCUGCUCUAAACUAUUCAGCAGAAUCUCUUCACUCUAACAGUCAGAGCCUGAGUGGAUCAGAGAAGAGGGGUCUGCUGGGGUUCCUCAAGUCUAAUCGCAGGAAAUCAAAGACUGGAGAUCAGUCCUCUGAGGACAUGGAAAGUCUUGAUGAUGAUAGUGUUGUUGACAAUGCAGACACUAACAUUAAUGGUUUGUCGUUGGUGGCAAGUGGCCCAUGUGGUGAGACCCGUCCUAGCACUCUGGGUCAGUCUCAGUCUGUGAUGAACAUCUCCAGGAUGUCCCCGAAAGUGGAGUUAAAGAAACGCAGGGCACCAGCACCCCCACCAGCUCCUACACAGACUAUGCCGCUGGCAUCACAGAUACACCAUGGCUCUCCAUGCUCACACAACCAGCUAACAAAGCGCAAGGCUCCAGCACCUCCGCCCACUCCAUCCCCCAGUACACCCGAGCCAGUUAUUCCCACCCAUGAGCCCACUGCAGCUGUUCGGGGCCCAAGCAUCCCUGUGCCAGUGGAAAGAAUACUGCUGCAAGCUCCUGCCACCAUGUCUCCAGCCGACGACUCAGCAUCUGAUGUGAGCCACAGUAUUGAGGAUUCAGAGCUGUCCGGAUCCAUCUGCAGUAGCUCCAGUGGUGAUAAUGUGGCUGGAGGAUCAUGCAGUAGCAGUCUGGCUGAGGAACCUCUGGCACAUCAGGCUCAUGUGAUUGCUGCUUACACCAUAUCUAAACCAAAAGCUGAACCAGUGCCCAUAGAAGAAAAGGAAGAAGCAGCUCCCCACACCAUGACAAAACAAGAAUUAGGUCUAAGUACACAAAGUCCAACAUCAGAAGACACGGAGGCAGCGCUGGAGAUAAAAAUGGAUGAGAUGGAGAAUAAUCGCAACAGUGGAAUAGCCUGGCAGCAUUCAGCUCACAAGACUGUGUUGGAGAAGAAAGCAGAGCAGGAAGUAGAGACGGUGUCUUUGGCCAGCAAUGAGAGUUUUGCAGACCAGGGCUAUGCAGCAUCAGAGGGCAUGGCUGAAGAGCCGGGUCCAGUGUCUCCAUCUGAAAGGAUUCAAUCUGAUGUGGACAUCAUGUCUCUAAACAGUGGCUCAGCUCUGCGUGUAAAGCAGUCCAAAGACUCUUACAGUGACAGCGAUGAGGGCUGUGCCACCUGGGACUCCAGACACAGUAGUGCGAAUACUCAGCGAGGACAUCAGCCAGUCAAGAGACAGAAUAGCUAUGAAGAUGAUCCAGAGAUCACCGCUCAGAUACACCUGACCCUGGCCGAUUUAGACGCAAAUCUUGCAGACAUCAUUCAGUCAGAUGGAGCAUCUGAUUUUGUAGACGAUGAAAUCCCAGUGUCCAUUGUUGACAUGGACAUUCCAGUUACAACCAUUGACGAAGUUCCUGAUGACGACCGAUACAGCAUGAGUGAGUUUAAGGCGACGCUGCUGUGCAGCACGCAAAACGUCAUCCGCCAAUCAUGUACACCAUGUGAGGCUAUCCAAAACAAAAACAACAAUGCCUGCCUUACAAAUGAGACAAACCUGAAUCCAUCUUCAGCCACUCAGAAGCAGUCCCAAAACAUUAAGCUCACAGGUAUUGAGAAAAACGUGAGUCCAUCUUCAGCUACUCAGAAGUGGUCGAAAGAGACAAAGCUCACGGAUGAUAAGGAACAGAAAGUUGUCUUAAACCCUGACACUAAGAAUAAAGCUGAAACUGAAGACCUAAAGAGCCAGAAAGACAUUGUAUCUCAGAAACCUCAAGGUCAUGUUGUGCAUCAGACAGUUCAAAGUGUGAAAAAGAUUCCUGAAAAUAGAUUAAAGCCUGCACCUAUGGUCCGAAGACAGAGCACAGAGACUGCUAAUGAAGACACAAGACCUAUUAACAGAGCCCCGGCAACUCAGGGUAAGAUCACCCAGAGUUCCUUCUCUCGGUUUGGAAUGAAAACUUUCACAGUCAUUCCUCCCAAGCCAGCUGUGUCCCAGACUACCAAGCCUGCAGGCUCUCUAGUCAUAGGUGCCAUUAAGAUUGAUGAACAAGGCAACAUGGUUACAAAAAGAAUGAUUACCACGGCCCCAGAAAAACACUGCAGCCCUGAAGGGGCCACUUGUGCAACAGAAUCCUCACUGGGCAAAGCCAAAGCUUUCUGGAGCUCUGCAGAGAAGCAAGACCAGUCAUCUACAACCAGCCGAGGACCUGUGGUGAAGAAUAAAGAUGCUGAUGUGGUCAAACCCUCACUUGUAUCUGGAGUCUCUAAACUUUCAGAGAAAUCACUUCCUGAGGAAGCACUCAAAGAGAUGAAUGUAUUAGAAAAGAACUCCAUAUCAGUAGUGGCAUGUAAGCCAUUGAUUCCAGAGCCUGUAGAGAAUUCCUAUUUCACAGCUGAAAAGCGUGAUCUCUCUUUUCUUAAACCCUCCAGAAGAACAUCUAGCCAAUACGUAGCUUCGGCCAUUGCUAAAAACAAUGGAUUGCUCAGCACUAAAAUAGAUAGCAUUCCGGAGCGAACGGAGUCUAAUGUUGGUGUUCAAAAACAACUUGUCUAUCAACGUUUUAAUAAUGAGAUUAGACCUACAAACACACUUCCAGUGAGGUUGCAUAAGUCUGCUACUGCUUUCAAACCAACAGAAAGUUCAGUGCCGCCUUUUGCUGGCUCUAAACACUCGCAAAGUUACCUCAGUCAUGUAGCGGAAAAGCCAACAGGUUCUGAACAGAUUAGUAGUGUUGAUAAAGGCACUCUUCAUGGGAGAGACGGAACCAAAUCUAUGGACUCACAAUCCAUAAAUAACAAAGUCCAGCCUUCAAUAUAUAUUUCCACUCAUAUUAUACCCUUGAAAUCCUCAUCAGAAGAAGACUCAUCAAUCAAUAAGUUCCCAGACACAUCCUCACUUCGACAGAUGCUAACAGACACCACACGUCCACCACUUACAAAGAAGCCAGAGUUAAACGAAUCCGAUAUUCCAUCUGAACCAAACCAGGGUAACACGUUUGGACCAGUUAAGAAGUUCAAGCCUGUUGUUUUUAAACCUGUCCAGAAGGAAACUUCUCUCCAUAGCUCGCUAAUGGAGGCCAUUCAGUCUGGGGAGGGAAUUGAAAGUCUCAAAAAGGUAUCUGAUUCUUCUAGCAGUUACAUUGCUAAAAAUCCAUCUUUCAUUGAUGUAGAGAGUGAGUAUUCUGCACUUCUAUCUGCGAUAAGAGCUCCAAGAAACUCCACCAGACUGAAGAAGACCAAAUCAGGAGCAGCUAAGGAGCUGGAGCAGAUCAGGAAAGCUGAGGAGGACAGAAAUGUCCAGAUAGAUAUUAUCUCACCUCCUACCACCCCUCCUCCUGCUUUUGCGGCACCCCAACCUCCAGCCUUUAGUGUUCCCCCACCUCCACCUCCUGCUCCAUCCAAGCCACUUCUAGUGCUGCCCGCUGUGGGGAACCCAGAGGUGGCCCGAGAGGCUCUUCUGGAGGCUAUCCGCUCAGGCUCUGGAGCCCAACGACUGAGGAAGGUACCUGUCACACACACAAGGCGUCAAGUGAAUGGGAGACUUGGCACCAUUCAGGCAACGUUGCCACUUUCUCAUGGACACUAGAAACUUUCACUGGAUCAUUGUUUGGGUUUUCAGCAAACCCAUAGCCAAAUCUGGUGUUUAAGCAUUUAUGCUAAUGCUGUUGCAGAUAAUGCUAACACAGUAAUCAUAGCCUUCUUUAUUUAUAGUGAUAUGCUGCUUCAUGUCUGUGCCAAUACUAAUUUGCUUAGAUUAAUGCAGUUCAAGUCCUGCUACUGACAUGCUAAUGAUGAUGUUGAAUAAUCUAACCCUAUACCCUAACCCUAAUCAACCCUAACCCUAACCUGGUGUUUGAUAUUGGUAUCUCAUACAUCUUAAGUCUGCCUGACCUCUAUAUCUUUAUUAGUAUUAAACCUGUAUACAUUAUGCAGGUAUUUUCUGUUGAAUCACAGUAUAGGUGACUGUAGUUGAAUCCACCUGCCAAUCACAAUGGUCUUUGGCAAUAUUCUUGUUGAUUUUUCUUUUUUUAAACAAACACUAGGUUGAAAAGUGGGAAAUAAGUUAAACCGACAGAUUUUUAUUUAAUUGUUAUAUUGAAAGGUGUUUCUUUAAAAAAAAAAAAAAAUUUUCACAACAUUUUCAAAAUGAUCAAUAGAUAGAAUUUAUUUCCAUUAGAAAAGGUAGAAUAAAUAGCAGACUAUGGACCGUUAUUGACAAUGUGAAUUGUUUUUGAAGCAGUGUUGAUACACAUGCUGCAUGUUUGACCAAUACUAAUGCAUCUUCAAAAUCAUUCUUUAAAGCAAAUAAAAAUAAAAAUAAAUGUUGUUGCCUUAUAGUUAAUGACAUGGUUAGACAUAAUUACAAUGUAGUCAGUACCUUCUUACCAAGCUGCUGAACAACUGUAAUCUAGAGCUGUCAUGGUGCUUCACCUUUAAUUUAUACCAUUGGGGAAAUGAUACACUACUAGACUUUAGAGUAAAUUGUUUAAUAUAUUUACACAAGUUGCAAAUCGUUUUUGUUGUUGUCAUUUAGUACUAAAGACUAGAUGACAGACCUGUAUGGUUAUAAUCUUAUUGAAUCAAUGACUUGUGUAUACAAAAGUUGUAUAAUUUGUAAAAAUAUGUUUGACACUAAUAUAUAGUUUCAGAUUUGACAUUACAGCGUUAGUGUAAUGAAAAAGAUUUUCAGAUUUUUCAAUAAUGCAUUUGUAAUGUAACAUUUUUGCUUUUAUUUUUAUUUUUUUAUUGCUGCACAAACUGAAACAAAAAAAUAAAUAAAAAAUAAAUCAAUAAACUACUUUUACUUGUAA